CUAAACAUAGAAGAAGAAAUGUUCCAGUAGAGAAGGGAGCCUGUGGUGACAGUACACCGACCUGUCUACAGUGUGCUGGAGGUGUUAUAAAAUAUAGCGCUUUGUUGCUCGUCAUUCAUCUUUUUACGAGAGCCAAAUGAACAAAACCACAAAGUUGGAGAAACGCAGCUGAUCCCCUCAAACACAGAGAUGGCAGACGAGGAAAUUGACUACAACAUUGUGUUUCCAGAUGCAGGGACGCUGGAGAGACACUGGCAUGGGACAAAGGAGCCAGUUGUGAUCCUGCUGGGCUGGGCUGGCUGCAAAGACAAACACCUCUCCAAAUACAGCUCCAUCUACAAUGAACAGGGAUGUGUGACCAUUCGCUACACCGCUCCCUUAAAGACCGUCUUCAUCUCGGAGUCGUUUGGCUACAAGGAGCUGAGCAGCACGGCCCUGAAGCUGCUGGAGAUCCUGUUUGACUAUGAGGUGGAGAACAGUCCUAUCUUCUUUCACAUAUUCAGUAAUGGUGGCUUCAUGCUGUACCGGUACAUCAUCGAGUUGUUGAACAGUGAUAAACAGUUCAGCUCUCUGCGUGUGAUCGGGGCCGUGGUGGACAGCGCCCCCGGUAGUGGGAAUGUCCGUGGGGCCCUGCGUGCACUAAGAGCCACUCUGGGGCCCAAAAUAAGUCCUGUUUUAAGGUACGUCCUCUUAGCUCUUUUCGCCGUGACAGUGUUUCUCCUGCGUAUCGUUCUGUACCCUUUGACCAAGUACAUCCACAAGAACCACUAUGACGCGGUCCAGGAGAGGCCGCCCGCCUGGCCUCAUUUCUUCCUCUACUCCAGAGCCGACCAGGUGAUCCGGUACAGUGACAUCGAGGUCUUUGUGGAGGCCUUGAAGCAGAAAGGUGUCCCCAUGGACAGUUUUGAUUUUCUCUCCAGUCCCCACGUCGGCCAUUAUCGGGAGUUUCCUGAGCCGUAUGCUCUGAAGUGCCGGGACUUCCUGGUUGCCUGCAUGAAGGACUCGGACGGAGCAGAGACUAAGAAGAGACAGAGGGUUCAGAAUCAAUGAAAGUUGGAGAGAAAGUCUCAAGACUCUUGACCUUCUGUUAAGUAAUCUAAACCACUGGCUUUUAAAGAGAGGAGAAGACAACAACAACAACAACAACAACAACAACGUGUUCUCUCUCAGUGGUCCAUGAAUCGGUUCAAACAUCAAGACAGCUGGAGUUUGAGCUGAACUGGUUUCAGAUCUCACUAAUGUGUAUCACUCCUAGUGCACAUAACUCAUAUUUACACAAGGCCUGUUUUCCUGUAACAUGAAGCUUAGUUUGGGACACUUUAAAUGCUGUUUUGAUGUUGCUCCAGCUUGAAAACACAUCCUUUUUUCAUAUCACUGCUUCUCUGUUGAGCAGCAGCCACCAGAAGUGAAAAUACAGAGGUACAGUGGGCCACAUUUCAAAGUACAGAUACAUCUUUAGUAACUUAUUAGCUACCCUCAGACAGCAGCCACUAACACAGUUUUCCCUGUUCCUAGCUGGCAUAUAAACUUCUGGAAGUACCUGAAUGCGAAUGUUAGCUGUUGUUUAAAUAUAGCCGCUUGUUUAUCAGACACGUUUUCCUCAGUGUGUGGCCAAGAUUUCCCCCAGACUUUAAUAUUGACUGUUUUUCAGUGGCUCAUCAAUCAGGAAGAGGGGGAACGAUAACAUUUUGUAUAAUACUUAUACCGGGAACAAAGCUUGUUUUAGUGGUAGCUCUAAUCUUCCAGCCCUGGGUAAUAGCCACCAUGUGUAAAUGUUUGAUGGGAAGGUUCCCAACCUUGAAUCCACUCCUCAGCAUUAUAUGAAAUACUGUAACUCACACACUCCUGAGUGUGUGGCACCCUGGUCUAACCCUGCCUGUGUACAAAUAAUGAUACAAACUAUUGCUAUACACUGGAGUAUAAGUCCUUUAGGAUCAUUUCAAUUGUAUUUAAUAUUGCUGUGAACAUGUGAUGCAUUGUAGAUUAGUAGUAGUGAUUGAUUCUAAAUCUGGGUAUGGGUAUUGGAAUAAAUAUAAUCUGUAUCUUCUAUUUAUUGAAUUUGACGAUGUAUUCAUGGUUUUAAUCUCACAAUAUGUCAGUGAAAUGAGGUCAUUAGGGGGCCAACAAUGAAGGCAACUGUGUUCAUUAAAUGACUAAUUAUCCAUUACAUGUUUUUCUAAAUACAAGAAGGUCUAAAAGUUGUUGCCUUAGACAUUAAAACCCUUUUGAAUGUUUGUCCUGGUCCAGAAAUUGUAGAAAACUCAGCUGUAAUAUGUGAAACAUUAAUGAUUUGGUCAAAGAAACAAAGUGAUUGACGAUGAAUGUAAAUGUUCAACACAGUUACUGUGUUCUUCUAACUGAUGUGCCUUCAAUAAACCAGAAUGAUCGUAGAAGAG